UACAAGACAUGUGUUUAAAACAUUCAUACUAUGUCACGUGACAAAGACUUUUCCAUUUAGUUUGGUACUCGUCUUUAAAUAAGAUUAAGUUUUGAAAUAUAUUUGUUGGCUAGAGUAUUAUUUGGUGUGCGACUUGUACGUUUAGGCCUAAAGUGGUAUUAGUAUAUUACUAUUAAUUAAUGUGGUUAGCCAGAAACAGCUUUAGACUUAGUUACAGAUAUAACUAUAAAAGUUAGAAAACAAUACGCCGACAGUAUACUUGUAUAGUUGCCGCCUAAGUUAACUUAGACCUUGGAAUGUUCUAGUGAGCCAUCAUAAGAAACAGUGUUUGCUGAAAGAUACAAAAAAAACAACAUAAUUCGAAGUGAAUAUGUCUACCAAGAGCAGCCAUGACUCAGAGUGUGAUGUCGUAAAUAUUUAUAUACGUAAAGAAGAAAUAACAUCAAAGACCCCUGUUCCACUGUUAUCCAAAAUCCUGUCGGCAGUUCUGUAUGCUGCAUCUUCAUUCCUCAUAACUGUAGUGAACAAAGUGGUGUUAACUUAUUACAGGUUUCCAUCUGCACAUACCUUAGGACUUGGUCAGAUGAUUGUAACUUUAUUUAUAUUAAGCUGCGGUAAAACUUUUGGAUGUUUAACUUUCCCAGAUUUUUCACGCACCAUUCCUCUCAAGAUAUGGCCUCUUCCACUCUUUUACCUUGGCAAUUUGAUUACUGGACUAGGAGGUACUCAGAGGUUAAGUUUGCCAAUGUUCACUGUUUUAAGGAGGUUCACGAUACUGAUGACAAUGAUUGGAGAAUAUAUUGUACUCAAAGUGAGACAACCUUGUAUCAUUGUGGUGACAGUAUUUGCCAUGGUGGGAGGGACAGUUGUUGCAGCUAGUACCGAUUUAGCAUUUGACCUCAACGGCUAUGUCUUUGUGUUAUCCAAUGAUUUCUGUACAGCAGCUAAUAAUGUGUAUUUGAAGAAGAAGUUGGAAACAAGGGAUCUUACGAAGUUUGGACUUUUGUUUUAUAACGUCCUCUUCAUGUUUGCCCCUUUAAUGUACAUAACUUGGUUGAGUGGGGAUUUUCCAAAGAUUAUUGAAUAUGACCAGUGGACCAAUUUGUGGUUUUUAACAUGGUUUUUACUUUCUUGUACCAUGGGAUUCAUUUUAAUGUAUUCAACAAUAAUUUGUACUCAGUACAAUUCUCCACUUACCACGACUAUUGUCGGUUGUCUCAAAAAUAUUCUAGUCACUUAUCUUGGAAUGUUUGUCGGUGGGGAUUAUGUCUUCAGUAUUACCAACUUUAUAGGGCUCAAUAUGAGUAUGUUAGGCAGUGUUGUCUACACCUAUUUAAUCUUUGUUCAAAAGAAUGAACCAAAAGUGGUUCAUCACGAAGAAGUUUUAGAGAGUGGAAAAGAAUGAAUAUCUGCCAAAAGAAUAACUGUUAUACCAAUGCAAGUGUUUUGCCAUUCAUUUACAUAUUUCAACGUGUUUGUCUUCAAAAUAGGAGCACCGACAUCGAACAUACCAAAAACUGGAUUUGAUAGAAAUAAGAGUUUUUUUUUUCACCCACUUUUGCACAAUUAAGUGCUUUUUAUAUGAUA